GAUGGUUGCAGUCAUGGGAACAGAUUCUUGCUUAUUAUCCCUCUCCGGUUGUGAUAGAGAAGAAGAGAACACGGGAUUCGAGCUCUCGUCUCGCUCUUCCUCGUUAGGUGGCGUGGUCGGGAGGCGUGAUGUGGGAAGCAGGCGAGGCUGUCGUCAGCUCAGCAGUCACUCGCUAAACUUUCAUCGUCAAGCCUCGUAGAAGUGGGGAGCUGCGUGUUGCAUCUUUGGCAGCUGACUAGGAGCUGUCUUUCCUGGCUCUCUUUCGAUGAUUGUCCGCGGGAAGCACAAGAGAGGAGGAGGAGGAGACGGCUUGGCAGAGUCGCAUUGACGGUGCGUACUCUGGAAGCUCAGGCUUCUUAGAAAAUUUUCUCUUUACUGUAAAGAAGAGAAAAUGAUUAUCCCGAAGGAUGGAGUGACAGACAUGAGUAUGAUCACGGAGGAGCAGAAUAGCGUCGAGCCGUUGGUAGCGGGGACAUUUCAACGCUCCGUGAUAGUAGACGUCAGUAAUCCUCGACUCGCAGAAACGGGAGAGCAUCAGAGGCCGUGGAAGAAGUCGAGAGCUACGAGCUCGGCGGAAUCUGCAGAGGAGACUCCUCUUCCCAUCGAGAUGGUGGAGCAUAUCGUGGGGAUGAUGCCCUUUCCCUCAAUUCUCACUGCACGCCUGUUGAACAGGUCGUUCAAGAGCUUGUUUUCCGAGCAAUCGAAGAAUGCUCGAUUCCGCGAGAUUGUGAAGUCAGUUAGCAGCACAUGGAACCAGUACUGUCCAGUAAUACUCAACAGAGACGCAGAGUGGUUGAUGGGUUAUGAUCGCGUCAACCAUCGCUGGCAGAAGAUGGCCCUAGGAAUCGCCCGCAGAAAUUAUGUGGGUUUAGGGUCGCCCUGGAUCGCCGCCCAAAAACUCAAAGGCGCUGGUUGCCUCAUUUGUGGCCUCUCGUUGGGCUUAUUUGUCUGCAAUGUGUUCACGAAAGGCUGGAGGUGGCUGCCAUCUCGGCCCAACGACGAAUCUCCCAAGGAUCUGUUUAUUAUUCCGGACGGCCCCGAUGCCUAUAAAAUCCUGACGAUCACGCUCCUCCGGCCACUCCAAUCGGGCAAAGUGUGCGCCCAAUUGUACGACUCGAAGACCGAUUCGUGGAGCAUGCAGAUUUCCAACGCCAACUUCACUCUGUCCUUCAACAGCAGCAGCGUGUACGUGAACGGACUUGUGUAUUACAUGCAGUACGACGAGGACGACGACAGACAAGUGAUGAGAUUGUGCUUCUACAACGUCAGCGAAGCGACCUGGCACGCCAUUCCACACCCUUUCGCGUGUAUGCUGCACACCAUCGAAACGUAUGAGCUGCUGAUGUUCCAGAAUAGGGCUAUGGUGGUCAUGCAGUUGAUUCCUUUCCACAAUCCCGCCAGUCGAGCGGUACGUAGAAACACCUUGAUCGUGUUCAGUAUCGACCCGAUUUCGAAAGAAAUCAAGGAGGAGGCGAGAGGCCCUGCUUAUACCAUGCACGGUGCAUCGUCUACCCUAUUCACCAGUGACGACGAAUCGAUUUACUUCGGAGACCCUCAGACGGUUAAGAGCUCCGUGGUCGCGCUUAAUGUGCACAAGCGAGAGUGGAGCUGUCUUCGUCGACCAUUGUGCACGGACGGAUCGUUCCAAAACAAAUGGGUCACCUUUGCCUUUCAGCCUGGAAUGAACCCUUUCGUUGCAGUUUAAUUAUUUUUCUGUCUUCCACGACACCAUUACACAGCAGCUACUGUCAGCAAUGUACCUUUAUCGCGGAGAACAUUUCUCAUGCGCAAGCAUGAUAAAUGUGCAAAAUUACAUUUGUAUAUAUGAAGUUGGCAGUUCCAAUUGUCAAGAUCGCCUGAACUGGCGAAGGCUCACUUUAGACCACAUUUGUAUGGGACAUCUGCUGUUCUUUGAUCCCGAAGUUGUUUUGAGCUUCGAGAGCAUAGUUCUUUCUGAUACUCUGUCGACAGGAGCACGAGCCACACCUGUUGUCUCCAUCUCUUGGCGGAAGUGAUUCCGUGCUAAGCAGAUGGGUGAUGUGAAAAACCCCAUGGCUCUUUCCAUUCUUUAUAAUACUGCUUACCCCGACCACGACAUAGUGUAGCUUAAUAGUGGUCAGGUCAGCCCGAUCACUGGAAUCUUCUCAGUGAGUCCAACAGUUGGAGCAGCAUUUGUACAAAUUAGUCUUAGGAUAUUCGUUUGCCUUUCGGCUUGUAUUCAGACAAAGAACAGAUUUUGCGUUGAAGCCUAACCGAAGUGUUGCUAGAGAGGAAAGGCAAGAUUUUAGUACACCUGUUCAACAGAAUACGAAAUGUAAGUGUAAGAUUUGAAAGUCUAGCUAUUUAGGUGAGCAAGCGGAGGAGGUAUCAUGCUAUUCCAUGUACUGAGUCCACUAAAACAUAAUCGAUCAAGACAAACGCAACUUUUGACCU